AUGCCUGCUAGAUCGCCAGGCAGUCGACUCCCGCGCGCUGAUGUUCCUCGUACGAACAAGGAGACCAACAAGAACAACCUGGCGCAAUGGAUCCAGAAAGCGCAGCUGGAGAAGCAAAUCUCGGAGGAGGUAGCCAACACCCAGGCAAUCAAGGAAAGAGCGCAACAGCAGCAGCGGCAGAUCUACCUGUUGGGCAACCAGGUUAGCGAGUAUGAGGGCAUCAUUCACGGCGGCGAAACGCGAGCUGAUGUGAACGCAGCAAAAGCCAAGGAGCUUCGAAAGUCUCUGACGCGGGAGAGGAAACUGGCGCAAACCAAUGAGGACUACACGCAGCAAGUCGAAAAGCGGUGCGACGAGCUUCAGAUGAUAAAUUCGAAUCUGCGACGAUCUGCGGCGGAACGGGAGAAGACCUGGAAGAGGCAGUUGGCCCAGACGGAGAAGAGGGUUCACGAUCUGGAGGAGGCGCUCUCGACUUCGUCUUCCGGUUUGCAGACGUACAGGCAGCACGUGCUCAAACAUGUGGAGGGAUGGACUUUAUUGAAGGAUGCGCUGAGGGAGCGCAAUGAGCUGGAGCAUCCGGAAAAGGAACGGCUCGGUCGUCUUAUGGAGAAUGUCUUGCAGGUUAUCAGUGGCUCAGAGACCCUGUGUCAGUCUGUCAUGGAACAAUUACGAGUUCGACGGAAUGGCAAGAGCGGUGGGCAGCCGAGAAGACCCGAACGCCUGUCUACGGCAUUGGAAGAUGUGAAAAUGAGUGGCUCCUUCGACAGUUCGGACCCUAAUCACGAAUCGACAAUGCCCAAACCAAUGAGUAUCUGCUCCGUUAUUUCAGACAGUCCUUACGAUGGGGAUAUCAACAUGGAGAGCUCAGAUCCAUCGACGGACUUCGCCAUGUCCGACUCCACAGACACGGAUUCGAUGGUGCUGGACUCACAGAGCUUCAACAGCUGGGAUUCCGACAGCCACCCUCGCUUUCCGAGUCCUCCUGGGAGUAUUCGCUUUCCCUCCCGAAAGCGUGCUGGGUACAUCUGUUUCCCGGACAGUUCAAGUUCAUCAGAGCCCGAAGAUGACCGUCUCAAGUUCAAGCACAUCAGGAUGGUUCCCCGAUCCUUGCGGCAGGCCAGGGAAGGCAUUCCGAACAGCAAGGAAGUGGAGCGGGCCAAGAGCUCUUCUGUCACGCCGACACAGUUAGGUACGACUUUGGCUUCUCGCAGUAUCAACCUGCGGGUUGUCGACGCAGUGACUGUGUACACAGUUAGCCCCACGUUCCCCAAGCUCCCUCUGCAUCCACCGCUUCCGCCAUCGUUGUCGUACGGAACGCAGACUGAAGAGCCGCCGCGUCUGGAAAAUCAUGUUGCUGUAUCCGUUCACUCCGAUGGCCUUGACCGAAAAUCUAGGCAGACGCAGACCAAUGUUCCCGAGUUUGCGCCCCGGGGGGUUCAGAUGGGCGAGUCCCUCGCAGGAUACAUCGAGACCAAGAAGCAAGUCGUGUCCCGCCCAAAAACCCAGAAGCGCACAACUCAGGCACCGUCCGUCGACGAAAGAGUCCGCAGCCUGAUGCCAUGCACAUGGCCACAACACACCACCCCCGAGCCGGGAGAUCAUCCAUCGACCACGAUGAUGGGCACCCAGCGACAUGUCCUAGCAAACCAGGGGAAGAGAGUUCGCCUGGCACUCACCCAAUGGGCCCUGCGCAUGGUUCAGAAACAUCGCCACGACCUGAUCUUAGGCAUGAUCAGUCUGAUCACGCUGCUGUAUCUCUGGCAUGGUCAUCGGGUGCAUCGGGAGUGGAUGAUGGUGAACCAGAUCCCGCGUACUGUCAUGGCCGAGUUGCGCCACCGGCGUGUUGGGGAGUUUCGAUGGAUGGAGUCGAUACAGUACGAGUUAGCACAGUGGAUGGACGUGGACCGGGUGUCGUUGGGCUAG